UUCUGGGAGAAGCGGAGGUUUGUGCUCUUUCUCGGGAUUCUGCUUGGGGCGCUGAUGACAGUGUACUCGUACCGAGACCAUUUGCCGACGGACAUGAUUCCGCAGCUAGACGAAUACUUGAACCUCGACUCGCUUUCGUUCGACAAACUGUCGUUCGACAACAUGGACUGGACAGGGCUUCUUCCGGAGGGCUUGCAGAAGACGUUGAUGAGCCGCACGGCCGAGGAGAAGAUGGAGAGCGGGGCGUUUGCGGUGGGGAAGAUGAUGAAGAAGGAGGGGUACACGGCGGAUCACAACGUGAUCAUGGUGCCCGGCGUGACGAGCACGGGAAUUGAGAGCUGGGGCCUGGAGGGGACAGAGGAGUGUCCGAGCGAGUCGUACUUCCGGAAGCGGUUGUGGGGCUCGUUCUUCAUGUUGCGGACGAUGCUCACGGACAAGGUGUGCUGGUUGAAGCACAUCAUGUUGGACCCGGAGACGGGGCUGGACCCGCCCGGGAUCAAGUUGCGUUCUGCGCAGGGCUUUGAGGCGGCGGACUUUUUUGUGACCGGGUACUGGAUCUGGAACAAGGUGUUAGAGAACUUGGCGGUGAUCGGGUACAGUCCCGACAACAUGUUCAGUGCGGCGUACGACUGGCGGCUGGCGUACCUUGACCUCGAGCGGCGGGACGGGUACUUCAGCAAGUUGAAGGCGCAGAUCGAGCUGAACAACCGGCUCAACGGCAAGAAGACGGUGCUGAUGGGCCACUCGAUGGGCUCGCAGGUGAUAUUUUACUUCCUCAAGUGGGUGGAGGCCGACGGCCCUCACUUCGGUAACGGCGGCAAGCGCUGGGUGAACGACCACAUCGAGGCGUUUGUGGACAUCGCCGGCUCGGUGAUGGGCACGCCCAAGGCGAUCACGGCGUUGCUCUCGGGCGAGAUGAAGGACACGAUCCAGCUCAACAGCCUCGCCGUCUACGGCUUGGAGAAGUUCUUCUCGAGACGGGAGCGCUCGGACAUGUUGAAGUCGUUUGGCGGCAUGCCCAGCAUGCUGCCCAAGGGCGGCUCGCUGUUGUGGGGGGACAUGCACUCCGCCCCGGACGACUGUCUCAGCCUCAACCAGACGGACUGCUUCAACGAGACAUCCGCCAGCGGCAGCCCGGGCGAUACGCUCGGCAACUUCAUCCGCUUCACCGACGAGGUCGGCCGCUACUCCGCUCGCAACCUCACCGUCGGCGACAGCAUCGACUUCCUCCUCGACCAGGGCCCGCAGUGGUUCAAGGACCGCACGCUCGAGCACUACUCCUUCGGCUACGCCACCACCAAAAAGGAGCUCCGCGAGAACGAGAAGCACUUCAACAAGUGGUCCAACCCGCUCGACGUCCCGCUCCCAAACGCUCCUGACAUGAAGAUCUUCUGCUUCUACGGCGUCGGCAACCCCACCGAGCGGGCCUACUACUACCGCGAGGAGGCCGACAAGACCGUCAGCCGCUUGAACGUCACCAUCGACAUGGAGCAGAAGCGGGCCGUUCUCAUGAGCGACGGCGACGGCACCGUCUCCCUCCUGACCCAUUACAUGUGCCACAAGUGGAAGGAGCCUGGCAGCGUCUACAACCCCGGCGGCUCCAAGGUCACCAUUGUCGAGAUCAAACACGAGCCCGACCUCUUCGACAUCCGCGGCGGCUCCAAGACCGCCGAGCACGUCGACAUUCUUGGCAGUUCCUACCUCAACGAGCUCUUGCUCCGUGUCGCCAGCGGCCAUGGAGAUGACAUCCAGGACCACUAUGUCACCCGGCUCCAUGAGAUAGCCCGGGACAUC